AUGGAUCAGCAAUCCAGAACGCCGUCUCGCCUCCCUCGCCCAGUCUCGAGAAUCCCUUUGCCUACUUCGACUACCAGCUCCGCUUCGCUCAAACCUUCCCCGUCGCGCGAGAGACUUAGUACUGACCCGGGAUUGAGAAUCGAUAGACUCCGACGGCCCUCUUCAGAAUUCAAGAAACCGCUUCCAAGAACCUUACAGCCGAGGAAUUUUCGGAAUGGCUACCAGCAAAAACGAGUUGUCUCUAUGGCAAGUGACGGGCUAGGCUCGGAGAACGAGAAGCUGCUAGAUGCAAGAGACAACAGCCUUGAAGAUACGCUAUCACAAGACGUUGAGAAUCGCGGUCGCGUACGGCCAUCUUUGUCGCAAAGAACGAUUGAAACCCUUUCGCAGAUUCCGCCGUCUCCUGCCUCUUCUAGGAGGCCAUCGGCCAUUUACAAUGCGACUAGCCCGAUACGGUCCCCAUCUCGUCCGCCGUCUUCUAUGACAAGCUACUCAAGGUCGCCCUCCCGAUCCUCUACUUCUCGUCAGCUGAGUGGCAACGACUUUUUCUCCGGCCAACCGUCUAGCGUACGAUUACCGUCACGGCCUCGCCCGCCGUUGUCUGCGAAUGCCCCCGCUAGUGAUCAUACGCCUUUAAUCAGUACGGAUGGCCCUACGAAGUUAGCAAAGCCGAUGGCGAGAAGAAGUGUCUACGGUGGCGCUGGUCCAACUCAGGAAUCGCGUGCUGCACUGAGUAAGGCGCCGGCAGACGGCACGAUUGCACCUCCAAAUCUUCAAGUGAAGAAAACCCGAAAGGUUCAGCCAAAGACGUCCGAUUUGAGGCUCAAUUUGGGAGCCAAGGCAGCCACAGUGCUCGAAACCGCAGAGUCGACCUCGACGGAUACAAAAAAAGCAUCAAAAUCGUCCAGCGCCCUGAGGGAGAGUAUUGCAAAAGCCAAAGCUGCACGAAAAGCAGCAGCCCAAAAAGGGCCCCAGACGUCGCCUCUUGAUGCGUGGACGGAAGCAGAUAUUGAAGACCCGUUCAACCAGAGGCUCAAGGUUUCGAACAAAGGCUUGCUUCGGAAGAGACUAGAUGCAGGCCGAACAACAGGUGCCCUCAACAUUGCUGCCAUGUCUUUGGCCAUUUUCCCUGACGAGGUCUUAUCAAUGUAUGAUUUCGAUCCCAACGCGACUACAGAUUGGUACGAAAGCGUGGACUUGGUCAAAUUCAUUGCUGCAGACAACGAGUUUACUGAGCUCCCUGAAGCGGCCUUUCCAGACAUAUCUGGUGAAAUGGACAUGGACUCGGACGACAAGGGAAACCAAUUUGGGGGGCUAGAAUCACUAGACCUACACGGCAACCUGCUAGAGCGUCUUCCUAUAGGAUUCAGAAGGCUGGAACGGCUUCACACGCUAAAUCUCUCGAAUAACAAGCUAUCUAUGGACGAUAUCGAUGUGGUUCUCGAAAUAACGAGCCUACGGGAUCUCAAACUUGCAAAGAAUCAAUUGGCAGGCUCAGGCUCUUUUCUCGAAGGUAUCGGCCGACUUGCCAAUCUUGAAGUUCUUGACCUUCAUGAUAACUCUAUCACCGCCCUCCCAGGAACGAUUGCAGACCUCAAGUCCCUUAGAGUCUUGAAUCUAGGACAGAACCGAAUGACCUCCCUCCCCUUCGAGGCACUAUGCACGCUUCCUUUAAGAGAGAUAAUUGCUUCAAAGAACAGAUUACAGGGCGCUUUAUUCCCUUCCUCUGUGGACAGGAUGGACUUCCUACAAACUCUGGAUGUGGUUGGUAACGCGCUCACGAGUAUUGCAGAAAGCUUGACGCUGCCUGCUUUGCAGACCCUAGCAAUCAGCAUGAACCGUAUACGGAGCUUGCCUGAUAUCACCACCUGGCAAGCGCUCCUGACCCUAUCAGCCGAAGACAACAGUAUAUCGGAACUCCCAUCGGGCUUCACGGAGAUAAAUUCUCUGAGAAAUGUGGAUCUUACUGGCAACGAUAUCACCAGAUUGGAUGAAAGAAUCGGCUUGAUGGACAGCCUCUCCACUUUCCGCAUCGCCAACAAUCCCCUCCGCGAACGCAAAUUCCUAAGCAUGGCCGUGGAGGAUAUGAAGCGUGACCUAAGAAGUAGAUGUGAGCGUGAGGUUCAGGAAACAGAUGACGAGGAAGGUUCCGUCGCUACGCAGUUUACUCUUGCACCAGAGACGCCAACUCAGACGUCGGGCUGGCAGCUCAAGCCAGGAGGCGUACUGGACAGAUCUUACACCGAUAUGUCAGACGUUGAGGUUGAUAAACUGGAGACUAUCAAUCCCAGCGAUGUCAGAUACCUAUAUUUGCAACACAAUAGCCUGCGGUCUUUCCCUGUCCCAGCUCUCAGUUUGCUUGCAGCGAAUCUGAGCGAUUUGGACUUGUCCCAUAACCCGCUUGAUCUCUCUCUUUUUACUUCCUCAGUGGUACUGGCUAGCCUACAUACCCUCAAUCUGUGUGCCACGGGUAUCAUCACUCUUGAACCGUUCAUGACUAAUUUACAUGCCCCUUCAUUGACCUUCCUUGAUGUGUCGUCAAACGGCCUUACUGGGACCCUCCCCCGUAUCCGACAAGCGUAUCCGAAACUGACCACGUUCCUGGCUGCGGAAAAUCAGUUGGAUAGUUUGGAAUUUGAAGCCGUACAGGGUCUUCAGGUGCUCGAUGUGAGUAACAACAACAUCAACUCUCUCCCACCGAAGCUUGGCCUGCUCCGAGCCGACGGCAAACGUGCCAACUGGGGUGGCGAUUCACCUCUACCAUUGCGACGAUUUGAGGUGGCCGGUAAUUCUUUUCGGGUUCCGCGUUGGCAGAUUGUCGCCAAAGGUACGGACGCUAUCCUUGAAUGGCUCAAGGAUCGGAUGCCCGCAGAAGAAUUGCAUGAAUAUGAGUCGGGCGAUGAGAAAGACUAG